AAUCCCGCCCACUUGGAGGUCUGGCGGACCCCGAAUCGCGCGUCAUUUCCGGGGUGGGUAUUUUGUUUUUUUACACUGGCGCAUUGGAUCGUGAAGCAGAGAGAGGGACACAGCGGGACUGGGAUGAGGUGAACCUGCUCCCAUGGAGCUGCGGAUCUGUGUGUUUUUGGGUAUCUGUUCUACGUUCCACCUGUGGCACAGAUAGCACAGAUAAAGGUGAGCCAUGAUUCCCGUAACAGAGUUGCGGUACUUUACUGACACCCAGCCAGCUUACCGAAUCUUGAAACCAUGGUGGGACGUCUUCACGGACUACAUCUCGAUUGUUAUGCUUAUGAUAGCGGUGUUUGGUGGCACCCUGCAGGUCACACAGGAUAAGAUGAUCUGCCUUCCGUGCAAGUGGGUCACUCAUGACUCCUGCAAUGAUUCCUACAUGGCCUGGAGUAGUGCUGAAACAGAUUUCUAUGUGAAUUCUACCCUGUCACCCCCAAUUGCACCAGGGCCCACAGGUAUCAAAUAUGACUUGGACAGGCAUCAGUACAACUACGUGGAUGCUGUGUGCUAUGAGAACCGCUUGCACUGGUUUGCCAAGUACUUUCCAUACCUUGUCCUGCUUCAUACUUUAAUCUUCCUGGCCUGCAGCAACUUCUGGUUCAAGUUCCCCCGUACAAGCUCAAAACUUGAGCACUUUGUUUCCAUCUUGCUUAAAUGCUUUGACUCUCCUUGGACCACCCGGGCCCUCUCAGAGACAGUCGUUGAAGAGAGUGACCCAAAGCCCACAGGAGGAAAGAUGAAUGGCUCAGUGGACAAAAAGUCCUCUACCGCAAGUGAGGAUGUGGAAGCUACAGUGCCCAUGCUGCAGAGGAGCAAGUCGAGGGUCGAGCAGGGCAUUGUAGACAGGUCAGAGACGGGCGUGCUGGACAAAAAGGAAGGAGAGCAAGCCAAAGCGUUGUUUGAAAAGGUGAAAAAGUUCAGGACUCACGUGGAGGAAGGGGACAUUGUGUACCGGCUGUACAUGCGCCAGACUAUCAUCAAAGUCAUUAAGUUUAUAAUUAUCCUUUGCUACACUGUGUACUAUGUUAGCAGUAUCAAAUUUGAUGUGGACUGCAAGGUGGACAUAGAGAGCCUUACUGGCUAUCGGAUGUACCGCUGUGCACACCCGCUAGCUACUCUGUUUAAAAUUCUGGCAUCCUUCUACAUCAGUCUGGUGGGUUUCUACGGUCUGGUCUGUGUGUAUACUCUGUGGUGGAUGCUGAGACGUUCCUUAAAGAAGUAUUCCUUUGAGUCCAUCCGGGAGGAGAGCAGCUACAGCGACAUCCCUGAUGUAAAGAACGACUUUGCUUUCAUGCUGCACCUCAUAGACCAGUACGAUCCUCUCUACUCCAAGCGCUUUGCUGUGUUCUUGUCAGAAGUCAGUGAGAACAAACUGCGCCAGCUUAACCUCAAUCACGAGUGGACUCUCGACAAACUGCGGCAGAGGAUCACUAAGAAUUCUCAGGAGAAACUGGAGCUGCAUCUUUUCAUGCUCAGCGGGAUACCUGACACUGUCUUUGAUUUGGUGGAGCUGGAAGUGUUAAAACUCGAGUUAAUACCAGAUGUCACUAUCCCACCAAGUAUCGCCCAGCUCACCGGCUUGAAAGAGCUAUGGCUAUACCACACGGCGGCUAAAAUUGAAGCUCCGGCUCUCGCCUUCCUGCGAGAAAACCUAAAGUCCCUACACAUCAAGUUCACUGACAUCAAAGAGAUCCCCUUGUGGAUAUACAGUCUGAAGAACCUCGAGGAACUCCACCUGACCGGCAAUUUGAGCGCAGAGAACAACAGGUACAUUGUUAUCGAUGGCCUCAGGGAGCUGAAGAGGCUCAAAGUUCUGAGACUGAAGAGCAACCUUACCAAGCUGCCUCAGGUAGUGACCGAUGUCGGGGUCCACUUGCAAAAACUAUCUGUCAACAACGAAGGGACGAAGCUGAUGGUUCUAAACAGCCUUAAGAAGAUGGUCAACCUGACUGAACUGGAGCUGGUACGCUGUGAUUUAGAGAGGAUUCCUCACUCCAUUUUUAGCCUUCACAACCUGCAAGAGAUUGACUUAAAGGACAACAAUUUAAAGACCAUUGAAGAGAUAAUAAGCUUCCAGCACCUACACCGACUUACGUGCCUAAAGUUAUGGUACAAUCACAUCGCCUAUAUACCCAUUCAGAUUGGCAAUCUGGCUAGCCUUGAACGCCUCUACCUGAAUCGCAACAAGAUAGAAAAAAUCCCCACCCAGCUCUUCUUGUGCCGCAAACUCCGGCAUCUGGACCUGAGCCAUAAUUCCCUCAGCAGCAUCCCACCGGAAAUUGGCCAUCUGCAGAGCCUACAGUGUCUUGCUGUGACCGCCAACCAUAUUGAAAACCUGCCGGCUGAGCUUUUCCUGUGCAAGAAGCUCCGUAGCCUUAACCUGGGUAACAACAUCCUGCAGUCUCUGCCUUCACGAGUGGGUGAGCUCACCAACUUGACCCAGAUGGAGCUUCGGGGUAACCGUUUAGAAUGCCUGCCUGUGGAGCUGGGCGACUGUCAACUUCUAAAGCGCAGUGGUCUUGUAGUAGAGGAAGACUUGUUCAACACGCUCCCCCUGGACGUUAAAGAAAGACUUAGCAAGUCAGAAAAGGAGCAGGUGUGAGAGAGAGAUGUGGCUGGGCACCUGUACUGACAAACAAAUGAAAGGGAAAGAACUCUUAUAAAAAGCCUACAGUUUAUUUCUGUGGGUAUCUCCAACAUGGAAGGAGCUUGUGUACACACCUAGCAUGUAGCAACCCUGAUCUAAGUCACUGCUUCAGACAGGGGGACAUUGUAUUACAUGGAAUUGUUUCCAGCUCUGACCCGGACAUACUUGUUCUACUGACACUUGGACAACAAAAAUGUUACCAUUGGCUCUUUUCUGGCUAUUACCAAACCCCCAGGGUGUGGGUUUAAGGAUGAUUCUUGAAGGACAGGAAGGUCCCCUCCCAUUCCUGUUUGUACUCCGGAGGAAUCCACAGGCAGCUCCUCACCACUCAAGACUGUCUUUACUCUUUGUUUUAAAACCCUCCUCAGCUCCCUUGUGAAGCUGUAUUUGCCAGGAUUGCUGGGGCUCCCGUGUCAUUAGCUGCAGGCUGUGUGUGCGCCGCUCUCCAUUUAUAAUGAACCUCCGUUUCCUGUCGUUUUGCAUGUCCCGAGCUGUUGAGUGGGGGCUUCCCCUGGAACAACAGUACAGCAUUCCUUUCUGUACUGCAGAAUUAAGGAAAGGUGCCAAAACGGAAUAUUAUAGAAACUGCAAUUAUAAUCCAUGUCUUUAAGCAGUAAAUUUGCAGAUUUAAGAGGCCUGAGAAAGUCAUUGGAAAUUAGGGAUGCACCGAAUCCAGGAUUCGGCCUUUUUCAGCAAGAUUCGGAUUCCGAAUUUACAUAAGCAAAUUAGGGGUGGGAAAUACUGUGACUUUUUGUUACACAGCAAGGAGGUAAAAAAUGUUUUCCCCUUCCCAUCACUAAUUGGCAUAUGCGAAUUAGGAUUUGGUUCAGUAUUCGGCUGAAUCUUUCGCGAAUCCAAAAUAGUGGAUUCCUGCAUCCCUAUUGGAAAUGUAAGGCAGUUCCCUAUAUGUCAGAAGCUAAUUUGCAGCCAACUUAACUAAUGUCUCAUAUAACACAUUAGGGAGCAUGUCCCAAACCCAAGGUCUGAAAUUUAGGUGGACCGUGGUUCCCAAGUUAAACCUUGCCACUCUUCAUUUUUUGGCACAGCCUCUUAGUUGUUACAGGUUCUGCUAUAUAGCAGCUAAACGAGGGCAUAUUGGCAUGGCACCCAUUACAGGGCAGGACCACACCUGGCAUUUCGACUGCUAUUCUUUUAAAGUGAAUAAUUGACAGAUGCACAGUAGGGAUGUCCAUGUUCUUCUGCCCUUGAUAAUUGAUGUUUAUGCUGCUUCCAUUCCAUGCAUGUUUUGUGUUGCACAGAGGUUUUAUUCUCUGUGCAUUCUCUGUGCCACUAUAGAUAAGGGGGUGCAGCACAAGAUAAGAGUGGUGCGGCCCCUGUUUUUGUGCUACAGCAACAUACUAUACUCUAGAUGGCUGGAUAACGGCAAGGAUUGACUUGUUCACUUUAAACUAUUUUUCUUGCUCUUAGUGACCAGUCACUUUUUUUAUUUAUUUAUUUUUUUCAUUUUAACCCCCAUAAAACACAACGCAAAACACUCCCAUCACUUCUUUAUCAGGGCCAAUUCGACUGUGCAAUCUCAGCAUCCGAUAUAUUUGUUUUUUGUUUCCUGAAGGAAGGCUCAGAACAAAUAAUGGGGCUACUCCCCAACCUCACCAUCUAGACUCCCUGGAUGGCCCUGUGUUCCACAGUACCCAAUGUUAAAGGGCAAAAAUGUGCAGCAGGGUGGGUGGCUGCCAUGGCUGAUCUCAUCACGUUCGAUCCCUGGCACUGAACUCGAACCCGCAAACAUGCAUGCUAGAAGUCAGGACCCAAUCACGUUCCAGUCCAUAUGCUCCAAAGGGCAGCACCAUAGACGUAAUGUGGCUAGACAUGGCGGCUGCCAAGCCCACUACAGGGCAGUCUUUAAGAGCCUGGUGCAGUUGGGGAUGGCACCCCAAAUCACUAUCUCUGUUAUACAAUGUCCCCUUUAAUCUCCUAUUUAAUCAUGUGACUUGAAACAUUGCUGUUGGUUUGCAAAAGAUCUCUAUAUUGAAACACUCAUGCCCCUGGCACUUGCUACAAUCAGGGACAAGUGUAUUUUGAAGGGUGCAACCAGAUCAUUGCUUAUAAUAUGGUCACCCAAGAGACUUUAGGGCAGGGGGUGCAAAACCAUUUUCUUCCGUAAUGGGAUCAAAAGGGAUAUGAAUUAGUCAAUUUACUUGCUUUCUGCUUGCCUAACCUUUUAAGCAAUGGCAUUAUAGAUUCUGCAUUAGGUUAAACUUAAAGGAUCAAAGAAAGGUAUUCAAACUUCUUGGUUCUGGCCCAAAAUUCCGUUUGGCUCCCCUAAAAUGUUACACGACCCUAGUGGUCACUCUCCUUUAUAUAUUCAAGGAUUUGGGCCCAGAACCCAAAAAGUCAAGACAUAUAACCAUUGACACACUUUUCAUCCCAAGUGGCUUUCUGCUUAGGCCCCGCCACUCCACUGAUCAUUGCUCCUCUACCACCCCAACCCUGCAGUUUGGGAAUGUCUGGCUUAAAGGAACAGUAUAUCCAUACCUCCAUAUGUAAUAAAAGGCACUACGUUUGCCCAGGAGCAGUAACCACAGCAACCAAUAUGGUGUUUGCUUUUAAACUAGUAAAUUCUUAAUGCUGAUUGGCUGCUAUGGAUUAAACUGCACCCUGGCAAACUUUUUUUUUUUUUUAUUACGUUAACCCAUUAGUGCACAAACUUCAUGUAAGAAUGUACCCCUAAAUGUGAAAAGUAAAUUACGGUGCUUUAGCUGCAGAGCUAUAAUCUAAAAUGCAACAAAUUCAAAUGACGAGACAGACAGGGCAUUGGCUUCUUGCAACCCUUGACUGCAUUAUGCUGGAGCAUGAUUUAUUUAGGGAGUGCUUGCAGUGUCCAUCUGCCAGUGCUGAGCCUUAUUGACACUAAUUUCUAGUCACUAUAUUCCAGUUAAUGAGCGGAGGGUUUCGUGCAUUUGCCUUUAACGUUGCAUGCCAUUUCCCAGCCCUUUCGCGAUCACCUCACAUGGGCCUUUGCACAUGCAUUUCACUUUUAACUUGCUAUUUAAUAUAUUUUAGCGUUUUUAGAAAUGUAGCCUUUUUUUUUUUAUUUAUAAUUUUUUUUUUUUUUUUUUAAAUUUCCAUAGUGAUGUUCUGUAUGGCAUUAAUUAAUUAUUGUGCCUCUUUUAACGGGAGUCUCAGCCCUGGAGUCCAAAGAAAUCGGACAGAUGUAAUGUUGUUGCCACAUCCGUCUUCCAUGCUCUAUGGGUGCUGAUCUCCUUUUAGGGCAACAUCGCUGCUUGCAAUCGAUCCUGUGUGUGUAUGCGUAAGAGGGAACGGAUGCAUUGACUCUGUAGCACCGCUCUGCCUGUAUCAGGUGUCUAUAAUCCCACCAUUUUAAAGGCAAAAUGUAUUUCACCUCCUGCAAUUUCCUUUCUUACAUAUUUGGAAUAAAACCCACAUGGUCUCAAA